AUGGAGUACCUCUUCGACUACGCCGUGGCGCGCGGCCUGAGCUUGCUACGGCCAGCUGUGGAUUCAGCGCCGGAGAACCAGUUGGUGAAGAUCUUUCGCGCCAAUGCCGCAGUGGACAACUGCCUGCUGGUGGCGGCUGGCUUAAUGUUCGGAGACAUCUACUUGGGUUUUUGGCUGGCGCAGCAGCCCAUUUUAUCCCUGCCCUCCAUCGUGUUUUAUGGAUCCGCUGGCUUAGCCUUCAUUGCCUGGGAAAGCACGGUGACCACAGAUCCCGGCGCAAUUCCCGAGUCCUUUGCUCGUGAUGACAAUGGACGACCACGCUUUGAAGCUGACAUCAACGAACUGGCCCUGGUCCCAAGUAAUGGUCCUCGGGGACUGAUCCUUAUUACCAAGGAGCAGAAAUUCAAGCCGAAACGCUCGCAUUUCUGCCGGCAAAUGGACAGAUACAUCUUGAGGAUGGAUCAUUAUUGCGCUUUCAUGUCCAAUUGCGUCUUGGAAAUCGCUGGAAGCCAUGGGUUAGCUUGA